AUGUCAUCCGAUUCUUCUUCGUCGGAGGAUUUAAAUUAUCCUACUUCUUCCGACGAAUCCACGGUUAGUUCUUUGCAAUUUUUGCUUAAAGCACAUAAAUAUCUUCAAGAUACCGCAAGUUCUAGUGAAUUCCGAUCCCGUCAAAGUAUAGAUCGUCGUCGUGAUAUUGGUCUUCAAACUCUAAUGAACGAUUGGUUUGUUGAAGAACCAAAGUAUGACGAAGCUUAUUUUCGUUACAAGUUUCGUAUGGAUAAAAGUAUGUUUUUAUCCAUAGUAGACGACAUUGAAGCAAACUUCCCAUAUUUUCAAGAAGGAUACGACGCCCGAGGCAAGAGAAGUUUCACGGCCAUACAAAAAAUAUCACAUCGGCCGUAUGACAACUCGCAACGGGCAAUGUGCCCGAUGAGUAUGACGAGUACUUAUGCAUGGCCGCAAGAACUGCACGAGAUACAAGGAACGACUACAGAUAGUUCGUUUUCUGUGAAUGGACGCGAUUACAAACGCGACUACCAUCUUACCGAUGGAAUCUACAACAAGUGGGCGACCUUAGUUAAAGCAUACCCGUAUCCUACCGACCCAAAGGAAAAGAAAUUCAAGAGGUUACAAGAGGCAGCAAGAAAAGAUGUGGAGCGCACAUUCGGUGUGCUUAAAGAAAAAAUGGAAGAUUCUCAUUCGACCUCUCCGGCCUAUGACCAAAGAGAAAAUUGGUCAAUAUGUCUAUGUGGUGUCUAUUUUGCAUUACAUGAUCAUAAAGCGCGAUGGUAUGACGAUAUCACCGGUUCAUAUCAUGGAUCCGCCGGUAGAAGCAGUGUAUAA